AUGCAGUCCUAUCUCUCUCUGAUCCUCUGUCUGGUCCUGAGCGUCAAUGUUCUGGCUGCUCCCGCUCCUCAACCGGUUCGGAAAAGCAGGUCUUUCCAUAUCGAACGAGUCAAGCGCAGUGAUUAUGUCGCCCAUGGCCCCGUCGCCAUUCGCAAGGCUUUCCGCAAGUUCGGCAUCACGCCCGUGGACUUUCAAAACAUCACGCUCAAGGACUUUGAACCCUUUGAGCACCAGGCCUUCCGGGUCAAAUCCAACCAGGCCAGCAUUGAUGAGCCAGACCAGACCGGUGCAGUGAGUGCGACUUCGGUCCAGAAUGAUGUGGAAUUCGUCUCACCCGUCUCCAUCGGUGGCCAAACCGUCACACUGGACUUUGAUACCGGUUCCUCCGAUAUGUGGGUCUUCAACGCUGGACUUCCUGCGUCCAUCACCGCGGGUCGCGACAUCUAUGAUCCCGCCAAAUCGACCACCUACAAGAAAGUCGAAGGUGGUACUUUCAAGAUCAGCUACGGUGACUCGUCCUCUGCCUCAGGCGGUCUCGCCCAGGAUGUGGUCAACAUUGGCGGUGCCACCGUGAAGGACCAAAUUUUCGGUCUGCCGGACCGUGUCUCUUCCUCCUUCGUUGACGACACCUAUUCCAACGGUCUCGUCGGACUUGGCUUCUCCUCCAUCAACACCUUCACCCCAGGCCCUCAAAAGACCUUCUUUGACAACAUCGCCUCGGACUUGGAAGAGCCCGUGUUCACGGCCCGCCUGCGCAGCGACGGCGUCGGCGAGUACGAAUUUGGCAAAGUCGACCAUGCCAAGUAUACCGGCAACCUGGUCAACAUCAGCGUCGACUCCUCCUCGGGCUUCUGGCAAUUCGAGGCCGGUUAUUUCGCCGUGGGCAGUGAUGCCCUGCAGAAGGUCACCCAGGUCCCCCGGGCGAUUGCCGAUACCGGUACCUCAUUGAUGCUGGUGAGCCCUGAGGUGGUCACCGCGUACUACAAAAAGGUGCAAAAUGCCGCCUACUCCAGCGGCGUGUCCGGAUGGGUGUACCCUUGCUCGGCCAAGUUGCCCAGCUUGACCGUCGCCCUGGGGGACAAGUACCAGGCCACGAUUCCCGGCUCGCUGGUCAACUUUGCCGAGGUUGGAAAGAACACCACCACUGGCGAAACUGUAUGCUAUGGUGGCAUCCAAUCCAACCAGGGCUCCAGCCUCCAAAUCUUCGGCGACGUCUUUCUCAAGGCUCUCUUCGUGGUCUUUGACCAGCGCGGUCCAUCCCUGGGCUUUGCCGCCCCUGCAUAA